AUGGCAGAGGAAGAUACAAACUCCGUUGUCCUCAUCUCCAACGACGGGUUCCGCUUCGUGGUUAGGAAGUCGGCGGCGAUGGCGUCCCCGGCGAUUAAGAGCAUGCUGGAUAAGCGAAGUAACUUUGCGGAGGCGAGGGAGAACAAGAUUGUUUUCCAGAACAUGAGCGCCGUGAUUCUCGAGAAGAUCUGCGAGUACUUUUACUACAACGAGAAGUAUCGGGAUGCGAAGGACGUGCCGGAUAUGGAGAUCCCGCCGGAGCUGGCGCUGGAGCUGUUGAUGGUGGCGGAUUUCUUGCAUACCUGA